AUUGAGAAACGAGAUGACGAUAAUGACGAUGAUAAUGAAGAUGGCUCCAUCCAAAUCCGCACUGAUACGCUUCAAUCUAGUCUUGUUGGGUUUCUCUUUUCUUCUCUACACUGCCAUUUUGCUCCACCCUUCUUCAUCAGUAUACUUCAGCAGUGGAGCUUCCUUUGUUGGAUGCUCCUUUCGUGAUUGCACUCCCAAGGUGGUGAGAGGAGUGAAGAUGCAAGAACUCGUUGAAGAGAACGAAAUAAACAAGAGAGAUUUGCUAACCGCUAGUAACCAAACCAAGCUGGAGGCGCCAAGCUUCAUGGAAGAGAUUUUAACAAGAGGGUUAGGGAAAACAAAGAUAGGGAUGGUGAACAUGGAAGAAUAUGAUCUUACUAAUUGGAAACGUUAUGGCGAAACAGUUCACAUACAUUUUGAGCGUGUCUCUAAGCUCUUCAAAUGGCAAGACUUGUUCCCCGAGUGGAUAGAUGAAGAGGAAGAAACCGAGGUUCCCACAUGUCCUGAGAUACCGAUGCCAGAUUUUGAAAGCGUUGAGAAGUUGGAUUUGGUAGUAGUGAAGUUGCCUUGUAAUUAUCCUGAAGAAGGGUGGAGAAGAGAGGUUUUGAGGUUGCAAGUGAACCUAGUUGCGGCUAACUUGGCAGCCAAGAAAGGGAAGACAGAUUGGAGAUGGAAGAGCAAAGUGUUGUUUUGGAGCAAAUGUCAACCGAUGAUUGAGAUUUUCCGGUGUGAUGAUUUGGAGAAGAGAGAGGCAGAUUGGUGGUUGUAUCGCCCUGAAGUGGUUAGGUUACAACAGAAGCUUAGUUUGCCAAUCGGAUCUUGCAAUCUUGCUCUUCCUUUGUGGGCACCACAAGGUGUAGACAAAGUGUAUGACCUAUCGAAGAUAGAAGCAGAGACAAAACGACCAAAACGUGAAGCCUACGUAACAGUCCUCCACUCUUCCGAGUCUUAUGUCUGUGGUGCCAUAACUUUGGCUCAAAGCCUUCUUCAGACAAACACCAAACGCGAUCUUAUCCUUCUCCACGAUGAUUCCAUCUCCAUUACCAAACUUCGAGCUCUCGCGGCCGCAGGAUGGAAGCUUCGUCGGAUCAUCCGAAUAAGAAACCCACUUGCCGAGAAGGACUCUUACAAUGAAUACAAUUACAGCAAAUUUCGACUUUGGCAAUUGACAGAUUAUGACAAAGUGAUCUUCAUUGAUGCUGACAUCAUCGUCCUACGUAACCUAGAUCUUCUCUUCCAUUUUCCUCAGAUGUCAGCCACCGGAAAUGAUGUCUGGAUAUUUAAUUCAGGCAUCAUGGUCAUCGAGCCUUCUAAUUGUACGUUUAGUACGAUCAUGAGCCAGCGAAGCGAGAUCGUUUCAUAUAACGGCGGAGAUCAAGGGUACUUAAACGAGAUAUUUGUGUGGUGGCACCGAUUGCCUCGACGAGUAAACUUUCUGAAGAACUUCUGGUCGAACACAACCAAAGAAAGAAACAUGAAGAACAACCUCUUCGCCGCGGAGCCGGCUCAGGUCUACGCGGUCCACUACUUAGGUUGGAAACCAUGGCUUUGCUAUAGAGACUACGACUGCAACUACGACGUGGAUGAGCAAUUAGUGUACGCUAGCGAUGCGGCUCACGUUAGGUGGUGGAAAGUUCACGACUCCAUGGACAAAGCGUUGCAAAAGUUUUGCAGGCUGACGAAGAAGAGGAGAACGGAGAUCAACUGGGAGAGGAGGAAAGCAAGGCUUAGAGGUUCUACUGAUUACCAUUGGAAGAUCAAUGUUACUGAUCCAAGACGACGUCGUUCUUAUUUGAUUGGUUAAUUUUUGUUUUCUUUCUGUUUUUAGAUAUAAUAUGAACUGAUGAAGACAGACACCCAUUAUUGUCCAAUUUGUCCCUCUCUUUUUUUCUGUUUGUUUUGAGACCAUGUCUAUGAGAAUCUUAAAAUUAUUUUGAACUAAUAAGUCUUUUGUCUUUGU